UAAACUUCGUUCAUUAAUUCGCGGUGUAAAUCAAUCGAAUAUAAAACCUUUUUAUUAUCGCGGUUUAACAUUAAGUGAUACAGAAAUUCAAUAUUAUAUAGAUAAAAAAAAUGAAUAUUAUUAUACAAAUUCAUUUUUAUCAUUUACAAUUGAUCGUCUAUUAAUAUAUUCAGGUAAUUCAAUAAUUAUAUUAAAAACAGAUAAUUCGAGUGAAUUAGCUAAGAAAAAUAUAGCUAAUAUAUGGAAAUGGAGUGCAUGUACAGAAGAAAAAGAAGCUCUUUUAGCUGUUGGAACAAAAUUAAAAAUAUUAAGUGUACAUUAUUUUGGUUAUAAAUGGGAAAUUGAAGUUGAAUUAGUUGAAGAUGAAGAAGAAAAUCAAUAA